AUGCCCUACCCAGUCCUCCCCGAAAAGCUCCUCCUCAUCUCACUCAAGAUGUACUUCACCCCAGAGCGGACACAAACCUACCUCCACGAGCUCCUCAACCCCGCCAACCAAAUAAUAACAGCCAACCCCAACCUCCUCCUGGCCCUAAUCCCCGACUUCCUAACCAUCUACCCCUGCUCCCAAAUCCUACAAUCCUACAAAACAACCCACAACAAACCCGCCCCUCUCCUCCUCGGCGCCCAAGACUGUUUCUGGGAAUCCGCAGGCGCCUACACAGGCGAAGUCUCCCCAGCCUCCCUCCACAGUCUCGGCUGCUCAAUCGUCGAGCUAGGCCACGCCGAGCGCCGCGCCAUCUUCCACGAAUCAGACGCCGAAACAGCCCUCAAGGCCGCAGCCGUCUGCGCAAACAACAUGCUGCCACUCGUUUGCAUUGGCGAGAUCACGGCCCCGGGCCCGGUGGCUUCGGCUGCUGUUGGUCUUGCGGUGGAGGAAUGUGCUGUGCUGGUUCGGGCGGUGUUGGCGGCUAUUCCGGCUGAUGCGCCGGUCGUCUUUGCUUAUGAGCCUGUGUGGGCGAUUGGGAAGCCGGUGCCGGCGGGGGUGGACCAUGUUGCGGCUGUGGUGGAGGGGAUCCGGGGGGUGAUUGGGGCGCGGGUGGGGGCGGUGCGGGUCUUGUAUGGGGGGAGUGCGGGGCCGGGACUUUGGGCUGGUGGGUUGGGGAAGGCUGUGGAUGGGAUGUUUUUGGGGAGGUUUGCACAUGAGAUUGGUGGGGUUAGGGAGGUUGUGAGGGAGGUGGAGGAGUCAAUGGCUUGA